AUGAAUAAGUACAAUCUCUGUAAGUUAAAAAAUAGGACGCUCAUUCAAGUCUGCGGUUCAGAUUCUUUUAGGUUUCUUCAAAGUUUGACAACAAAUGAUUUAAGCAAAAUAAUGAAUGAAGAAGAUAUUACGUUAAAUAAGAAACUACUCAAUAAUAUAUUACCUAAUAAGUCUGAUUCAAGUAUAUAUGAUAAAAUUAGUAACCCUAGUACAAAAUAUAAAAAAUUAACGCAAGGUUUACCCUCCUUAUUUUUGUUAAACAAUGGAAAAAUAUUAUUCGAUUGUUUUAUAUAUAAUAUAGAAUAUAUUCAUGAAAGGAAUUUCUUUAGGUUGUUUUACAUUGACUGUAAUGUGGAAAUUGUAAAAUUAAUAUUGAAUGUAUUAGAAAAACGGAAACUAUCAUGUGAUGUUUAUUUUAAAGAGAUGACAAAUAUUGAUGUUUACCAGCUCUUGCCUUGUAUAUCAUCUUUAAGCGAGAAAAGUCUUUACGAUACUGGAGAUGUUAGUAACAAUAAUGAUAAUCAUACAACUAGCAUUCCCCAGGGAGGUAGUAGUAGCAGUAUCACGUAUGAUGGUAAUAGCAACAGCGUGAUAACUUUUCAUAAUGAUUUUUUAAAAGGGUUCAACGGAGAAGGUGCCCUUUUCUACUCUCGGGAUCAAAGAAAUGACCUUCUAGGAUACAGAAUAUACGAAUUGCGCAAGAAAGCAAAAAAUGGGUUGCAUAAAAAUAUGUGCGAGACUAUAAGUAGUAAUGGAAAUACUAAGGAAGAUAAAAACGUUAGAAACUAUAUUUACGAAAUUAAUAAUGGAGUAAUAAAUGAAACCUGUGAUAUACUACGCAAAUUUGAAGCAGAAGAAAAACGGAAAAUUACGGAAAUCUUCAUUUACGAUUAUUUCAAGCUAAAUUUAGGAAUAAUUGAGAAUUUAUAUUCAAAUUAUACAUUUUUUAAAGAAAACACACGAAAUAAUAUAAAUGAUGCUAAUACAGCUAAUAAUAACACAACAAUAGAUAGUGGUUGCGUUUUAAAUAAUAACAAACGAGCAAAAAAUGAAAGAGAUUUAUUUUCGUUCAAAGAUUUGUCACCUUUUGAUCUGAAUUAUGAUAAAUUAAAUUAUUUAACGAAGGAUAAAGGCUGUUAUGUGGGACAAGAAGCUAUAAACAGAACUAGAAAUAAAAUAUUUAUAAAUAAGUAUCAACUGUUGAUAUGCAUUAAUUAUGACUAUUAUAAUAUAUUUCUUGGAAAUUCCCAUAACUUAAAUAAAGUUAUACAGGACGAUUUUAUCUAUUACAAUUAUUUAAAAGAAAUAUGUGAUAAGAAUUUAUUGAGGUCUUCUUUUUUUUUACUAAAAAAUGCCUUAAAAUGUGAGGAAAAUGUCAUUAAUUAUGAAAAUCAGUAUAAUGUACUUAUUCAGGAUAAGCACACAAACAGUAAUACUCUCUCUAAUAAUAUUAUUGGUCAUGUUUUUUAUUAUAACCAUGUAAUGGGUCUAUGUUUUCUAAUCAAAAAAAAAAUAAAUCUUUUAACACAAAAUUUAUAUUCUGUUUCUUCAAAUAUAUACAUUAAAAACAAAGUUAACAAGGAAAGUCAUAGAAUUUGUUUGUUGCCAUUUAAAAACAAUAAAGUCUUUUAA